UGUUUGGAUCGUACACGGACGUGACUCCCAGGCAGUUCUUCAACGUCCAGCUGGACACGGAGUACAGGAAGAAGUGGGACUCACUGGUCAUCAAACUGGACGUAAUCGAGAGGGACCUGGCGACCGGAUCGGAAGUGAUUCACUGGGUCACUCACUUCCCGUAUCCCAUGUACUCACGGGACUAUGUCUACGUCCGGCGGUACCGCGUGGACAAGGAGAACAACCUGAUGGUUCUGGUCUCGCGGGCCGUGGAGCAUCCCAGUGUCCCCGAGGACCCCGAGUACGUUCGGGUCAGAACCUACGAAUCCCAAAUGGUCAUCCGGCCCCACAAAACCUUUGACGAGAACGGUUUCGACUACCUGCUGACCUACAGCGACAACCCGCAGACCGUCUUCCCCCGCUACUGCGUCAGCUGGAUGGUCUCCAGCGAGCCGCCCCCGGAUAAACCCGGAGGAGCUCCGUGCCGGCGCAGUGCCCGCCGGUUCGACGCUCCGUGCCGGCGCGGUGCCCGCCGGUUCGACGCUCCGUGCCAA